AUGAAUAAAGUAAAUGAAGAUUUGUUACGAGAACGAUCAAAAUGUACGUUCAAUAUCGAAGAGUUGACACAUUUUUUAGACGGAGGUAUAGAGGUAACCUUGGAGCGAAAGAGACGAGAACAGGCAGUAUUAUCCAAAAGAGAAGAGCUGUUUUGUGGAGUUCCCGAUGAGUAUCUCAGUCACAAGGAAAAGUAUGAAAACUCUAUACGAAAGGGAACCAUCCUAUUCAAAAUACUACGCCAAAUAUAUAAUAUGGAGAAUAGUAACCUCUCUGAUUACAGAAACGUCCUAAACGGUGUUCUGGGGGCAUCUAUAUCUCAGGAUGGAUCCCCAUUUGGGCUCCACUACAUUAUGUUCAUGCCGGUACUCAUAAGCCAGGCUGACGAGGAGCAGAAGAAGAAGUGGGUCGAUCGAGCUCUGAACUGUCAGAUCAUUGGCACUUAUGCUCAGACAGAACUUGGUCACGGUACAUUCAUCCGCGGGCUAGAAACAACUGCAACAUAUGAUCUUGAAACACAGGAGUUUAUUCUUCACAGUCCUACUCUCACUUCCUAUAAAUGGUGGCCAGGAGGACUGGGUCAAACAGCGAACUACUGCAUCGUGGUUGCGCAACUAUAUACCAAGGGUAAAUGUCGUGGUAUUCAUCCAUUCAUUGUCCAAGUUCGUGAUGAAGAAACUCAUGAGCCUCUACCGGGUAUAAAGGUUGGGGAAAUAGGAACUAAGAUGGGACUGAACUCGGUGAACAACGGGUAUCUGGGCUUCGAUCACGUUAGAAUACCCCGAACUAAUAUGCUGAUGAAACAUGCGAAAGUUUUGGAGGAUGGCACGUACAUAAAAUCUAAGAACAAUAAAUUGAUAUAUGGUACCAUGGUCUUCGUGAGGGUGAUCAUAGUUUUGGACUCUGUCAAUUAUUUGUCAAAAGCUGUGACUAUUGCCACUCGUUUCUCAGCAGUCAGAAGACAAUCACAACUUAAAGAAGGCGAGCCGGAGUUGCAAAUUCUGGACUACGUGACGCAACAAGAAAUGAUAUUCACCGCAAUAGCUGGCUGCUUCGCCAUGAAGUUCAACGCCAGGAGACUAUGGGACACCUUCAAUGGGAUCAAUACUCAACUACACGAAGGAAAUUUUGAGAGAUUGGGAGAGCUGCAUGCUCUAGCAUGCUGUUUGAAAGCGGUCAGCACGGCGGACGCUGCUCGUUUUACGGAGCGUUGUCGUUUGGCAUGCGGUGGUCACGGCUACAUGCACUCAUCCAACCUGCCUCUAACGUAUGCCCUCACAACCGCCUCGUGCACUUAUGAAGGAGACAACACCGUUUUAUUACUCCAGACUGCUAGGUUCCUUCUUAAAGUUUGGCGUGAAAUUGACACAGUCCCUGUAACUCCCACUAUAGCGUAUUUGAAGACGGUGUCGUCACCAGGUUUUGAAGAUAAAUGGGAAAAUAGUAUAAAGGGUAUCAUUCGUGGAUUUCAAAUAGUUUCUAUGAAGAAAAUUUCUUCAUGCGUGGAAAUCAUGACGAAUAAAAUCAUGUCUGGCAUGUCUCAGGAAGACGCGUGGAACACUACCUCAAUACAAUUAGUUUCAGCAGCGGAAUCGCACUGUCGAGCAAUCGUCCUAUCGACGUUCCAUGAAGAUUUAUCUAAAAUGAGUAGCACCGUAUCAGCUCCACUGGCAGAAGUGUUACAACAGCUACUUGAGCUAUAUACAGUUUACUGGGCACUGGAGAAAUAUGGCGACUUGCUUCUGUAUACGUCAAUUUCGAAGACUGACAUAGAGUAUUUAAGACGCUGGCUAGUGACGUUAUUAGGGAAGAUUCGACCCAACGCCGUCGGACUUGUGGACGGUUUUGAUAUUAUUGAUGAAAUGUUAGAUUCAACUCUGGGCGCUUACGACGGUCGAGUGUACGAGCGGCUAAUGGCGCAAGCGCAGAAGAGUCCACUUAACGCCGAUACUGUUAAUAAAAGUUUCCACAAAUAUCUUAAACCAUUCAUGAAAGGAAAACUGUAA